GUUUAGUUUGACAGACCUGUUCUCGCGUCAGACGAAAUCGUGGUCUCUCAGUCAUUGCUCUGUUUGAGGAUAAGCAUGAGGAUGAAUAUCUGCAGCCUUCUAGCCUUAAUGCUGGGCUGUACAGCCAUUUCAGCUUUACACCAGGAAGUGUUUGAAGAACGGACCUCAGGCUCUCUGCGCUGUCCUCACUCUGUGGAGGGUACAGUGACGUGGAGCAGAGAGAGAAAUGGAAACAAAGUGGACAUAUUAACAACUGAUGGUGACAGAGAGAUAAGACACAAUGACCCGGGCAAACGAUACAGUUCAGUGGUAGAUAAGUCUCUGUACAUUCAGAGAUUAACCCUCUCAGACUCUGGGAGAUAUUUCUGUAAUGAUGCAGCUGUGGAGCUGACAGUGAUCCCGUCAGGAACAAUCAGAGUCGAUGCUACAGACAGGACCAGCGUCACUCUGAACUGCCCUCAGGAUGAUGGAGGACCACACGAUCCAACAUGAGCAGAGACUCUGUUGAGAUGAAUCAACAGAAAGGCUUUUAUGUUUCUCCUGUUGACCGGACAUUGACUAUAUCAGACGUGGAGCUACGUAACUCUGGACUCUACUACUGUGGUAGAAAAGCUGUUUUUCUGCAAGUGAUUGAAGCGACCAAGGCACCACCCACCCCAACCACACUGACGUCAACACCCCUGCUUUCAAGUACAUCAAGACAAACAUCAGAGAUAAUAACACCUGAAUCCUCAACAUCCCCUCCGACUACUACAGAUACGACUACAACACAGGAAGAAAGUAAAGGCAGGAAAGAAGGAAAUAAAAAGCACAAGAACAUGUCUUCUAAAGACAAACCACAGAUUCUUCGUUUGGUCUUAGGAACAGUUGUCUUCUUCCUCCUCAUCAUCGUCAUCACCUUCGUUGCUUGGAGAUGGAGGUUUAAAAGAUUAGGAAAUGAAGAAACACACCCUGUCUAUGAUGAGAUACAAGAUGGAGUCAUCAUUCAGAACACAAACGGUUUUGGAAUCGUGAAAGGACCAACACCUGCAUACUGUAUGACAGAUUUUACAGAUGAUCCAAACCUAAAUGAGCCCACAUACUCCACCAUCCCUGACCUUCCACCGGUGGAAAGGAGGACAGGUAAAGAUGGAGCUCUCAUCAACAUUUGAUUUUCUCAUUCCAUAACUCUGGUUAUUCAUUAUGUUUAAUUUCUUCUGCCAGACACAUUGCUGCCCAAGGAGUCCCCUUAGUCCUUGAUCAGCUACGCUGUUAUUACUGGGAAUAAUAAAGAUAACUCUCAAGUUUGGCUUAUAUGAUACAACCCCAAUUUGCAUGAAGUUGUGACAUUGUGUAAAACAGAAUACAAUGAUUUGCAAAUCCUUUCCGACCCGUAUUCAACUGAAUAAUCUACAAAGACUAGAUAUUUGAUGUUCAAACUGAUGCAUUUGAUGUUUUUUUGCAAAUAUUCACUCAUCUUGAAUUUGACGCCUUCAACAAGUUCCAAAAAAGCUGGGACAGGAGCAUGUUUACCACUGUGUGACAUCACGUUUCCUUUUAACAGGACUCAAUACGUGUAUGGGAACUGAGGAUAGUCAUUGUUGAAGCAUUGUAGAUGGAAUUAUUUCCCAUUCUUGCUUGAUGCACAACUUCAGUUGCUCAACAGUCCGGGGUGUCUGCAUUCCUAAAAAGGAUUUGCAAAUCAUUGUAUUCUGUUUUCAUUUACGUUUUACACAAUGUCCCAACUUCAUUGGAAUUGGGGUUUGUAUUAAUGUGAACUCUGUCCCUAUAGGAGUACUGGGUGCAGACAGCCACUACAGCAUGACAUAUGUACACUGUAACAAAUUUCCUGUAGAAUUUACAGUAAAGAACAGGCAAAAAAGUUGCCAAUUAAGUGCUGUUAAAGUGUUGUUAAUUACUGUAAACAUUAAUUACAACAUAUUACUGGAUACGUUUUACAGUUUUUUGCCGUAUAUAAAACACAACAAUGUAUUGUUUUAUAUGAUAAACAAUAAUUUAUUGUAUUUUAAUUUACAAUAUUAUCUUGUAUCCCAUUCAAAUUACAUGAGUUACCUGCCAACUAUUUUUGCCAGUAAAUAGCUGUUACUUGUUUAUAAUUCAUUAUUUUAUUGUAGAAUGUUUUUACAGCUAAUAUAUGUUUGUUUGUCAUGUUUUGCUAAUCAAGCACUGUAAUUUAUUGUAAUUAUAAUUAUUUUCAGCUAUUAAUAAUAAUAAAACAAGAGUCAGUG